AGCCUACCCCUCAGUGAGCAGUGCGACCCGGGAUCCAUCGCUCGCCGGCUCGCGAGCGCGUGCGAGAUCUCUCUCUCUCUCUCUCUCACUCCUUCCGCGCGAAUCGAUCUCGAGCGAUCGGUUCCCCUUUGUUUUUGCCUUCAUUCAUUCUUUCUCUCUUUCCUUCUUCGCUUUGGUCUCGCAGUGCGCCCCGCGGUCGUUGUUACUGUGCCUCUUCUCCGGUUGUUCCCGUUGUUGUUAUUGUUGUUGUUGUCAGUGGUGGGUGGUGGUGGGUGGUUGCUGCUGCUGCUGGCUGGAGCCACAUCUGGUCUAGAGCAUGACGAGAAGGCACACGGUGAUCGUGAAGCUCAAGAGAUCCAGCACCGGCAGGCCUUGGGGCAUUAGAAUCGCCGGGGGUGCUGAUCUGGGCGCACCGAUCGUCGUCACCCGCUCGGAGAACGAGGCGCUCCAGAGGGGUGACGUGAUCAAGAAGAUCGAUGAGUACGACGCGCGUGACGUGAGGCAUGUAGACGCACAGAAUCUCCUACAAAACUCCGAAACCAUAAAGCUAGUCGUCGAAAGGUCUGAGCCGUCGAACGCAACAUCACGCAUCACCGACACUACCACCAAGUCACCCUCGAUUUUCGGGUCGAUCAUUGGCGACAGGGCUGCGGUCACUAGUCUGUAUAAGGAACAGAGGGAGCACCCCCAGGAAUUACCGAAGAGUCCAAUACCGCCGCCCUCGGUCGAGGAAUACGCCUACACACCUACACCGACGCCAACCUCCGGAUAUACUCUUCGCAGCACAAUCAUUUUGCCGCACGACCAUCAGGACGAGAUCCGCGAAGAGAAAGCGUACCUGUCGCAGCCCUACCGCACGACUCCUUUGGUCCUGCCAGGCGCCAAAGUCAAGAAGGAUGCUCCUCUCGGCGAAUGUUACCUGCGGCAUCAUCCGAACCCGAUGAUCCGGGCAGCACCCCAUCAUUAUGAGCCUGCUCAUCCUGAGGUGGCUAUGAAGCAAAAGGUGGCGGAAACGGUACUUCAGCGUGUCAUAGGACCGAAUGAAGUUCCAAAGAUUGUCCACAAGCAAUUCAAUUCGCCGAUCGGACUCUACUCGGAUCAGAACAUUGCAGACACCAUCAAGUGCCAAGCGUCCGCCGUACCCAUUUUCAUAGACUUUUCCUUCCUGAAACAGAAACAAGAAAUACAGGAGCAAGCGAGAAUGUUGAAGGAGCAGGCCAAAGCCGCCUCCUCGAAGAACGUGUGGCCGCAAUUCAAUAAGCCAAAUUAAAAUUUGUCGAGACGUUCGAGACGUUUUCCGAUGCUUCUAGCAUGUCGGAUCUACGACGGCAGAGUUUUCCGGUUUUUACGUGGAUCAUAUUGGGCACGUUCCUUUGUCGCCAAAAUAUAUUGCAUAUUUACUCAAAUCAUCGAUGCAGUUAGAAAAACUUGGAGAAACUUAUAUUUUAGAAUCCAAUGUGAAGAAAUUCGAUAAUUAAAUAAUUAAUGUAGUAAAUAAUCACGAUGGAAAAAAAAUUAGGGCACUAUAAGAAUAUUAUAGUUAGAUGUUCGUUAAAUUGUUCAACUCAGUACACUGAUAUAGAUGUUCACAUUACGAUUAAAUAAAUUACUUAUUUAUUCGAAACAUUAUUGAAAAAAAAAAUUUUUCCGAAGAUAAUUGAAAUUCUCUCUCUGAUGAUGUAGAAAGUUAAAUAGAUAUUUUGAUUAAUUAUCGAGAUACAAGAUAGAGUGAACGUGGCCAAUGAGCUCCGAAUGAAUAUGUGAUUAUUAUUUUGAGUUAAUUCGCCGUUCAUAUUACAUAGUAAAAGUUAUAGGGUUGCGGUGCAUCGUAAAAAUUAUGUAGUUCUUUCGCGAGACACGAUCGGAUACAAGCCGCGCAAAAAGCUUUCUUUCUAGCGAUAGCAAUACGUUUUUGCAUGCGCGAUAGAGUAGUAAAUGAUUAAUAAUUAAUGCUCAAUGGUAGUUGAAAACACGUGAGAUAUUAUCUACUAACUUCGAUAUUUCCUUAACGAGUGUUCGUAUGCUUGCAUCGUAGAUACCGUGCACGAAUAAUUCGGGACGACUUUCGAAAAUUACGUCUUUGAAAGUUGCUUAUUUUUCUCAUUUUUUAAAGUAAAGUGUUAGUUGUGUGCACAUCUUAUUACUGUUGGUAACAGAACAGUAAAUUAAAAGAAUCCUGAUUGUAUAAAUAAUUUAAUUGAAACUUUAUUAUGUAAAAAUAUCUCAUCUAAUUAAGUAUAAUAAUUUUUUAUCAACUCCCUGCACACAUAUUAAAAAUUGUUACUUAAAGAGAUUGGAACGAGAUUUUGCCGUGAAUUUAAUUUUUGAAACUGCAAAGUUAUGUACAGAGCUUACAUAUAUAAACAUUUCAUGAAAUUUAUUUGAUUCUUGCUGUUUUUGUAAUUACAAGAAUGGAUAGAGAUUUUUUGAAUUCCUCGAACAUUUUUCUCGAAGGCAUAAUUUUCGAAAUAUCCAACGCGUUCUUCUUGAUCGAGCAUGCACGUCGAGUUUGCACGAUGAGGAAUAAUCGUUCUCUCGAUUAAACGGCUGGAGGACGCGUCUGAAAGUCGCUCUCGAACAGACGAAAGCAAGUAGCAAGGAUCUAAUUGGCAAAAACAAUCGUAACCCCGGCCGCUGCUAACCAAGCCAGAUAGAAAAAAAAGAUUGUCGUGUGGGAGGGAGAAAGUGCGAAAGCGAUUAAAAGUCGUCCCUGUGUCCACACAUGCGAUAC